UCCAUUUGUUGCCUACUUCCCUUCAGUCAUUUUCUUCUAGACACUGUAUAAACUUGUUCAAUGAAAUCAUAAAAAAUCUUUGUCAUCGAUAGGUUUUACUUAAAUUGACAUUAUGAGACCUCGAAUGCCUGAAUUAUACUCGAAAUUAAGUCUAAUAUCCUUAGCUGAUAUCCGUUAUGAAGGCAGACUUUUUACCUUCGAUCUCCAAGAAGGUAUCAUCGCUCUGGCUAGUGUUCGAUCAUUUGGUACUGAGGAUCGUCAGACAAAAUAUCCUAUAGGACCCCAGAGCCAAGUGUAUGACUACAUCUUCUUCCGUGGAUCUGACAUCAAGGACAUCAGUGUGAUUGAUAAUGUGCCAGCCUUGUCGAACGAUCCAGCCAUCAUGCAGAUAUCGUUGCCACCUUCGCUUGGAGGUGGCCUAUCACCACCAACCCAAUUUGUGGGGCAGUUCACUCAGCCAGUUGCUGGUCAGCUGCAAUACACUCAAUACCAUCAAAUAGCAGGGUCCACUGACAGUGCUCAAGCUUUGAUCAACAAUUCCAGUGAGUUGUCUCCACCCCCUAUGACUGCUGCAAUUGGAUCAGAAAUGAUACACCUCUCCAAUCAAGUAAAAGACCAAGAUUCCAUUCUUGAUGUUAUUGGUGUAUCUCAACAAAAUGCUUCAAGCUCUGGAAUUCUUGCCGUCGAAGGUCAGAGGAUGAGACCUACUGCAGAUCAAGGGACUCAGCAGAUGAGUGCAGUUGGAAGAGGCUCACGGCAACAGCGGGACAGCUGUCGCGGCAGCAGCUCUGGAGCAGGUGACCAGAAACAACAACCCAACCGCAAUAGGACAAGCAACCGUCAGCGUUAUCCAAGUGGUGGUGCCGACACGGCCCCCGGUCCCCAGCAGCAUCAGCAGUCCCAGGACCAAAAUGCUCAACACCAACAAGGCCAAGGUCACCACAAUCAGCCUAGUCAAUGGUAUGGACGGAGUGGUCGGAGAGGGCGGCCGCGCGGUAGUGGUCGCGGGUUCUUGCAUCAGAACAAGAACACUCUUAAGUUUGAUAAUAACUAUGAGUUUAUACAACCAAAUACUAAAUUUGAGGAGCUGCGAAGCCAACUUGAGAAGACUAAGAUUUCUGAUGGCGACAGAAAGACAGAGAAUGCUGAGGUUGAGAAGAAGGAUGGUUUAGGGAAUGAGACUGGCGCUGGCGAGGCGGAGCUUGAAGAUAAAGGCUUCGCUGGAUACGAUAAGAAGAAGAGUUUCUUUGAUAGCAUCUCCUGCGAGGCUGGUAAAAGGUCGAUGGGUCGUAGCCAGCGAACAGACUCGAGAACUGAGCGUAAGGUGUACAAGGAGACGCACGGCUUCGGGAUGGCACAGCGUGGCGCGUGGCGCGGACGAACGGGCUGGCGACACCAGCCGCAUCACAACCCUCAAUACAAGCCGUGGAGGCCGAUGCGUGGUGGCCGCGGUCGCACCAAUCCUUCCGACCCCAACGUGAAUGCUAACGAGAGCUGCCAGCCGCGGAAUCACGCGCCCGAUGUAAAUUCCGCCUCGAAUGAAGCUCAGCAGCCGGUCGCCCUCCGUCUCUAG